AUGGCACCUUCCAACGCUUUAUGCAUUGUUCAGUCUGAGAUUUCUCUUUUGUCCACGGCACUGAGGUGUCAUACUCGAAUUACGUUUCGCGGACAUCAAGAAGAGAUCCGGAGUCCUUUGUAUAAAAGCUUCCUCCAAUUGAAGGCUAUUUUGAAUGGCGUGUCAUCUCUCAGUGAAAUUGAGCCCUUGGUCUACUUGACUCCAUUUCUUGAGGUUAUCCGUUCAGAGGAUACAACUGGUCCAAUUACCGGGUUGGCACUGACGGCGGUUGAUAAAUUUUUAUCUUAUGGGCUCUUGGAAUUACCAGAUCCCAAUUAUGUUCACCUACCAUCUUCGGGCCCAGGGUCAAUCAAGUCAAUUGCCAUAGCUGUUGAAGCGAUUGCUGACUCCGGAACUCAGGCCAGGUUUGUGGGUACUGAACGCAGCUCUGAUGAAGUUACUGCUCCAAAAGAACUGACGAACACAACGGAGGAAAAUCGAGUUCAGGAGCAACCCCCGACAACCAACCCACCUGUCCAGUCAGAUUUGAACACUGACGCAUCGGUGACACAACCUCAACCAUAUGGUUUACCUGCCGUGCAUGAUCUCCUGCACUAUCUGAUCAGUUUGCUCACACCCGAACGUAACAGUGACGGUAUCAUUUCCGUGUCAUUGGGUCUGGUCACAAUAGCGUUAGAAACUGGCGCGGACGCGAUUUCACAUUGUCCUAGUCUUUUGCAACUGGUCCAAGGAGAUUUGGCCAAACAUCUGCUACUGACCCUGUUCCCAAAUGUGGUGGUUUGA